CUUCUUCUCAUUAACUCAACACCAAAACUCAAAUGGGGAAAACUUUCCUCAACUUAGCUCUUCUUAUCAUCUUCCAUUUUUUUUUUAUUAUGGCUACUUCCUCUAUGAAAUUAACCACCAUAGUUACCGACCAAUUGGCUCUUCUUGCAUUAAAAGAACAUGUUAUUCACGACCCCGAAAAUGUCUUGACCACUAACUGGUCAGCUUCUACCCAUGUUUGCAAUUGGUUUGGUGUCAGUUGCGGAUCCAAGCACCGCAGAGUCGUAGCUCUAAACAUUACUGGGUUGGGACUCGUAGGAACCCUUCCUCCCCACUUAGGAAAUUUAUCAUUCCUUUCUCUUCUUUCCAUUUCAGAUAAUAGUUUUGACGGUGAAUUACCUGUCCAGUUAUCCAAUUUGCGACGGUUGAAGCAUAUAAACUUUCGUAACAACAACCUUAGUGGAGAAAUCCCAUCAUGGUUGGGAUCAUUACCUGAACUUCAAAGGUUGUUUCUGUAUCAUAACCACUUCAAGGGUGUUAUUCCAUUCUCUUUAGGUAAUUUGUCAAAGCUAGAGAUGUUGGACUUGUUCCAAAACCAGCUUUCAGGUUCAAUACCCUCCUCCAUCUUCAAUAUAUCUUCGUUGCAGAAAAUAAAUCUAAGAAACAAUUAUCUCUUUGGCUCCAUACCUUCUGUUUCGCACGAUAUUCUUUCCUUAGAACUCAUAGAUUUCACCUUCAAUAAUCUCACUGGCCAUUUUCCAAGUGAUAUGUUUGAUCAUCUUCCGAAUUUGAAAAAGCUGAGCUUGAGUGAUAACAUGCUUUCUGGCAAAAUUCCAGCUAGUUUAUGCAAGUGCAAAGAGUUAGAAAUUUUAUCGUUAUCAUAUAAUCAAUUGGGGGGAAGCCUACCGGUAGAAAUUGGGAACCUGAGUAUGCUUCGAAUCCUCUUUAUUGGUCGGAACCACUUUGAAGGUGAAAUUCCACAACAAAUUGGGAAUCUAACUCUUCUUAUGGUGCUUGAUACUGCCGACAAUAACUUAACAGGUAUAAUACCACAUCAGAUUGGUAACCUAAAGCACCUAGAACUCUUGAAUUUGGGAUUUAACAAUAUUGUUGGUUCUAUUCCUCCUGCAAUAUUUAAUUCCACAUUGUCGAGCAUUUCUUUGGAGUUAAAUCAUCUUUCUGGCCAUCUUCCGUCAGACAUGGGCCUUUGGCUUCCAAACUUGGAAAAUUUGUAUCUUGGAGUGAAUCAACUCCAUGGUUCAUUCUCAAAGUCUAUUUGCAAUGCCUCUCAGCUAACUCAACUUGACGUGUCACAAAAUUACUUUUCAGGGUCCAUUCCUGACAAUUUGGGAAAUCUAAGAAAUUUAAAGGUUCUUGACUUGCAGGAUAAUAAUUUAACUUCCUUAGGAUUGAGCUUUCUUUCUUCUUUGACCAACUGUAGAGGCUUGGAAUACCUGAUUUUCGGUGAAAACCAAUUGCUUAGUGGUCAACUUCCAGGUUUGGUAGGGAAUCUCUCACGUUCUCUUCGGAGGUUCGAUGCUUCUUUUUGCAACAUCAGCGGUAGCAUCCCGAGUGAAAUUGGCAACUUAAGCAGCUUGAUAUCCAUCGUUCUAUUCGACAGUAAAUUGACUGGAACUAUACCUACUACAGUUGGAGGAUUGAAAGAGCUGCAAAGUCUUUCUCUUGAAAACAACAAGUUAGAAGGAUCCAUUCCAUUUGAAUUAUGUCAUCUAAACAAGUUGGCUUUCUUGUUCUUGACGAAUAACAAAUUGUCUGGACCAAUACCUGCUUGCUUGGGUAAUCUCAUUUCUUUAAGGAACCUAUUUCUAGGCUCCAAUAUGUUUUCUUCCUCAAUACCUUCAAGCUGGACAGGGCUUAACGAUCUGCUCAUCUUGAACUUGUCUUAUAAUUCUCUAAGUGGUCCACUACCAAUUGACAUGGGAAAGUGGAAGGUUUUAACUAGUAUGGAUUUGUCAAAUAAUCAAUUCUCAAGUAAUAUUCCAACCGGGGUUGCAAAUCUUAAAGAUCUCACUCAUUUUUCCUUAUCCAACAAUAGAAUCACAGGUUCUAUUCCCGAGUCAUUUGGUGACUUGUUGAGUUUGGAGUUCUUGGACUUGUCAAGAAAUAAUCUUUCCGGUGAGAUUCCCAAGUCUUUAGAGAACCUUCGUUUUCUCAAAUAUUUCAAUGUCUCUUUCAAUAGACUUCAAGGAGAAAUUCCUAAAGGAGGACCAUUUGGAAACUACUCAAUCGAGUCGUUUAAAGGGAACGAAGCAUUGUGUGGUGCAGCUCAACUUCAUGUUCCAUGUUCGAAAACUAGACCUCUUAGAAAUUCCAAGGUGAGAACAAAGCUUAUAAUAUCUGUAGCACUGCCAAUUGCCUCUGCAAUAUUGGUGCUUGCUUUAAUUAUCAUUAUCUUGCGAAGAAGGAAGAGAAAAGACAGAUCGACAACUCAAGAAGACUCGACACCUUUAGGAACGUGGAGACGAAUUUCAUACCACGAGCUUCAUCAAGCUACAGAUGGAUUCAGUGGUAGGAGGUUGCUUGGUAAUGGGAGCUAUGGUUCUGUAUAUCAAGGGACACUGUUAGAUGGGAUGGAAUUUGCAGUAAAGGUAUUCAAGUUAGAGUUAGAAGGAGCUUUUAAGAGUUUUGAUGUUGAAUGUGAAGUUCUUCGCAACAUUCGUCACCGAAACUUAAUCAAAAUCAUUAGUAGUUGCUCUAAUGAUCUUGAUUUCAAAGCUUUAGUGCUUGAGUUCAUGUCUAACGGGAGUCUUGAUAAAUGGUUGUAUUCCAACAAUCAUUCUCUGGACAUCCUACAGAGGUUGAACAUUAUGAUAGAUGUUGCAUCUGCAUUGGAAUAUCUCCAUCAUGGUAAUGCAACACCCGUGGUUCACUGCGAUUUAAAACCUAGCAAUGUUCUAUUAGAUGAAGAUAUGGUUGCACAUUUGAGUGAUUUUGGCAUCGCAAAACUCUUAAGUGAAGAGGACUCAAUGAUACAAACCAUGACCAUGGCAACAAUAGGAUACAUGGCACCAGAAUACGGAAUUGAAGGAAUUGUUUCGACAAAAGGUGAUGUGUAUAGUUUUGGUAUUCUUAUGAUGGAAACCAUCACAAGAAAAAAGCCCACAAAUGAAAUGUUCGAAGGAGAAACAAGUUUGAGGAGUUGGGUGGAAGAGUCACUAUCAUCUUCGCUAAAUCAAGUUUUAGAUACCAACUUGCAGAGCAGUAUUGGGAGGAAACGUUCAGCAACCGACAAUUGUGCCUUAUCCAUUUUGCUAGUUGGGCUGGAAUGUUCAGUAGAGGCUCCAGAUGAGAGGCUUGAUAUGAAAGAGACAGUUACGAAAUUAAAGAAGAUCAAAGUGAGGUUAUUAAAGGACAUUGGACGGGUUCGUUGAAGAGGCAGUUACUAAAAAUAAACUUCAUUUAAUAAAGCCUGUAGAGCAUGCAAGUCUAAAUGUGUAAUUUACCUAGUCGACGCAAUUUAGAUAAGGUUAUAACUUAGUCCUUAGAUAGGUUUUAUUCAAUACUCAAUUUAGAAAAGCGAUAUAUUUUGGAUUAGUACAAAGACAUGAAAAUUUUAUUUAAAACAUAAAAUCAAACACUAAUACAAUAUGAAUACCCAAACAUAUCAAA